AUGGCACCAACCACAGUCCUCAUCACCGGCGCAAACAGAGGCCUAGGAAAAGGCCUCCUCCAGCGGUACCUCGCACUUCCGGACCACAUCGUGAUCGCAGCCAACCGCGACCCAACCCAACCAACAUCGCAGGCCCUCAGUGACCUACCCAAAGCUGAAGGAAGCAAGCUCAUCGUGGUCAAGAACGAUGCUUCCGUCGAGAAGGAUGCUUACGACGCCGUAAAGGAGCUACAGGAAACCUACGGCAUCACCUACCUCGACAUCGUUAUCGCUAACGCUGGCAUCUCGUACGCCUGGCCGACAGUGGCCGAGCUAAAGAUUGCCGAUCUCCAGGCGCACAUGGAACCCAACGUCUACGGCGUCGUCGCGCUGUAUCAAGCUACGCGCCCACUGCUGCGGAAGUCAUCCAAGGAACCCAUGUUUGUGCCGAUGGGUUCGACGGCUGGGUGUAUAGAGAACCAACCUACCAUCCCCAACGCUGUCUACGGCCCGUCCAAGGCCGCGGUGAACUGGCUCACGAUCAGGAUGAACGCCGAAGAGGACUGGCUCAACGCUUGGGUCCUGAUUCCCGGCUGGGUCCAGACCGAUCUCGGCAACGCUGGUGCUCGGGGCCUGGGGCUGGAGAAGGCGCACAUUGGCGUUGAUGAGUCGUGCGAUGGUAUGAUGCGGGUUCUUGCGGCGGCGAGCAAAGAGAAGUAUGGUGGCAAGAUGGUGGCGUAUGAUGGCGACUUCCCGGGGUGGUAG